AUAUUCUUCCAUAAUCUCCCCACUCUAAAUAUGCCUGCUGUUCCUGCUUCUGGUUUAACCCGUACCAUUUAUAACACCUUCUUCAAGAAGAACUCUGUUUUUGUUGCCAGCAUCUUUACUGGUGCCAUUGCCUUUGAAGUUGCUUUUGAUUCCACUGCUGACAAGCUCUGGGACAGCUUCAACAAGGGCAAGCAAUGGAAGGAUAUCGAGCACAAGUAUGUUUCCGAGUAAAAAGAUUUUUUCAGACAACAAUUACAACAACCCAAUUGGAAUUUAGAUCAAUUUUUUUAUAUUAAUUACAAAAAACACAAAAUAAAAUUGGAGAGAAAAGAGAGAGAAGAGAAACAACAACCUUUUUUUUUUCAUUCACACAUGAACAAUGUUUAUUUUAUGCGUACUUGAAAAUAAAUUAUUAGUUCACAACUCCCUCUCCCCCUUUUAUCUUAUAUCUUUAUUAUUAUAAU